CUUGUAAAAGUCAGGAUUUAUACACUAGUGAGUUAUGAUUUCACUUUUGUUGACUCAACUAUACUGAAAUACUGAAAUACUAAAAUGAAAACGUGUUGGAACAUUACAGGUUUCAAUAUGGUUCGUAACUACCACAGGAAAAAGGAAAAGAUGCCAAGAGAAAUAUUGAUUAGUGCUCUCAGACAGUUGAAAUUACAUCACGAUCUUAAAUUGCAGAAUAUUUCAUAUAGAAAAGUAGCAGAAAGUUAUGGCAUUUCUAGGACUACCCUUUUCACUCACUUUCAAAAAGUGAAACAUCUUGCCUCCAUCCCUGAUAACUAUUUAUUGAAUAAAGUGCAUCACAGGCAAAUCCUGAAAUAUGAAGAAGAGGAGGAGCUCGUUGAAUAUCUGAAGCUUGCAAUGCAGAGCAAUCAUUCCUUGACUCCUAGUGAAGUGAGAAAGCUCGUUUACAGCUUUGUGCUCGGUAAUGGAAUUGAAUGUCCUGCAAUGUGGCAUGAAUAUCAUACUGCUGGAGAAGAUUGGUUCACUUCGUUUAUGAAGAGGAACGACUGCCUAUCUCUAAGAAAACCUGAAGCUACAAGUCAAGCUCGAGCUGCCGGCUUCAACUACCCAGUUGUUAACGCUUAUCAACAGAAGUUGGCUUCUAUUUUUACCCGUCAUCAGUAUCCACCACAUCGAAUAUUUAAUAUUGAUGAAACUAGCAAUCAAACAGUGAUGGCUCCUGUAACCGUUGUAGCUAUCCGUGGUACUAAGCAGGUUUGUCAAACCACCGGUACAGAACGAGGAACUAAUGUUUCUAUGAUAUGCUUUGGAAACGCUGCAGGGGGUUUUAUUCCUCCAGCUUAUGUCUUUCCGUUAAAGAAUGUCAACCGAAAAAGUAUGAAUAACUCAGUUCCUGGUUCAAUUGCUUUUGCAAACGGAACUGGUUGGUUUGAUGGGAACAUCAUGGUUGAUGUCAUAGAUCAUGUACAGCAUUAUGUGCAAAGCAGCCAAGAAAAUCCAGUCCUAAUCGUUUGGGAUAAUUUCUCUGCUCACUUGGAUUAUCUAGUUGUUAAGAAAGCAAAAGACUACGGCAUGGAGCUUAUUACUUUGCCUCCCCACACCUCCCAUGAGCUACAACCGUUGGAUGUGUCGGUGUUUGUAGCGCUGAAAAAGUAUAUUAAGACAGCUCACAUGGAAUGGUACCGCAAUAAUCCUGGCAAGCGAAUCACCAUCCAUGAAGUAGCAGGAUUAACAAGGGAUCCUUUCCAUAAGGCUAUGACUCCAUCGAAUUUAAUUUCUGGUUUCAAAAGAGCUGGGAUCUACCCUUUCUCAAUGUUACAACCGGAAGACCCGCGUUUCUCAUCAGCUUUGGUUACUGAUCUGCAAGCUCCAUCGCAACAACAGAAUGCACAAGAUCUAGUUGGUCAUGAAAUACAGACCCCGCAGCAGUCCAUAGAGAUCAAAGGUUCGAAUAAUAUUCAGACGGCGGGGAACGAAGAUGAUGAAAUGGAUUUUGCAAAGGAAGAAGGGAACAUUCUGACUCGUGACUGUCGUGUUUUAGGCAACACAGUAGCUUCGACAGAAGUCGAUAAUCAACAACCACUGGGAAACAGUGAUAGAGAAACCGUUGAAAAAGGAGAUGGAACAAGUCAAUCAAGAUCAGCCCAAUCUGAAACUCCCCUUAGAGCGAAUAUGAUGGCGAAUCGUGUACGUUUAGCAGAAUUUAUGCCCAUUCCAAAAGUCAUACAAAAUGGUCCUAGACAAAAGAGCAGAAUCCAAAUUGGAAGAAGCCGUGUGUUAACUGAUCCCGAGGAAAUGGCUCAACUAGAAACGGAUUAUUUAAAAAAAAAAAAAGAGAUGGAAAAGGAUAAAUCGAAGAGAACACGAGCGGCUAAGCCUCGCUUGUCGAAUAAAGAAAACAUCCCAGAAAAUGGAAAAGGCGUCGCUGGUAAACGCAAUGUGAAUGCAGUUCACGAAAUGGAGUCAUUUGCAGUCACAAACCGUCAGCCUCGAAAUGCUAAAAAACCAGCUUUUUUAACACAAAAUUAUUUGAUUGAUUGA